CACGCAUAUAAUUUAACCUAGUUGUCCCCCAACAGCUCUAGGCAGACCUACUCAGUUCCUGAUAAGGACAAAGGGACCUCAACAACGUCUCUGGCUCAGAUUUCUCAAGGGAGGGAUACAAUGAGUAAGAGGAAGAAGCUUCGGACUUCAGGAGAAGGAAUUCAUCCACCGAAAGCCCCAAAGCGGCCAAGGCUCAGAGACUCUCAUGGGUCCCCCCAGAGUUUCCAUUUGGGCCCUUUGUGUCACCCAGAAGAGUCAGAAGGCAGGUCAGGACUUGUUCCCUCUGCAGAGCAGAGUGGGGAGGAACCAGGACAGGUGGCCUCCAGGUGCAUUGAAAGCCUUGGAUGACCAGAACCUCGUGUUUUGUCUUUCUCCACCCAGCUCCCUGGAUAAGGAAGCAGGAGCUCCCUCCACGCUCCUCUCACAACCAGAAAAGGAGCCAAUUCCCAUUCCUCCUUCCCAGAACUCAGUCAGAAGGUUUGUCCCCCAGUUUGCAAAACCCAAGAAGGCAAUGACAAGACUAGCAGCUACAAGGGAAGAGGACCUCGGGAGUGGGGCCUUUAGCUUGGAAACACCACCAGAGCCCAGUGCCCAGCAGGCAGAAAGCCAGUCAUGGGAGGAAUCCCCAGAGCUCACUGUCUGGGAGGCCAGCGUGCCAGGAGACCGGACCCAGGCAGAUGGCACCUGCUCUGAGCACAGGAUCCAGAACCCUGUAACACCUAUGUCCAGCAGGGGAGAUUCUCAGCCUGAGGUCUCCAAUGAUGUUUGUCUAGUAUGGGGGAUGGUGCCCUUGGCUUCAGAGAGCACCAGCCAGAACUAUCUAUUGGAGCAAGAGAUCAACCCGCCAGACACUGGAUGCACAGAGUGGGGUGGGGGUCCAGGUGAUCAUGGCCAGAAAGGGCCUCUGCUGAGCAGUGGUGCCGAAGAGAAGGAGCCAGACCGAGGAGCCCCACAGGGGGAAGGUGCCCAAGGGGGAGCAGGGGAUAGCCAGGAGAAAGGAGACAGUGUCCUGGGCCUGGCCACUCGGGGCUCAGAGCCUGGAUCUGCAGCCCAGGCCCCACCUGACCCCAUGCAGACACUCAGCAGGGUUGGCAGGGAAGCAGAAGGGAGCUGUAGUAGCCCAAUAUACUCUCAUAGGAUCAUUGUCAUCACAGAUGUGAUCACAGACCCCACCAAGCCAGAACAGAAGGCUUUGGAGGUGGCUGUGUUAGAUGGGAAGGCUAACACCGGGACACCUGCCUCUCCCAGUGGGAAGGCCCCUGAUGGAGGCCAUAGUGGGACCCUGCUCAGAGGCACCUAUCUCACUGGGGAGACCACAGGAGGCAGUGGGGAGGCAGGGUGGGAAGCUGAGCCCCUUGGUGAUGUCCUGGAGGGCCCUGCAACCUACCUGGCUCUGGCUCAUGGGAUCCAAGAGCCCACAAUAGGUGCUGGAGAUUCCAGUCCUGUAGUGUCAGAAAUGAACCCAGUUGUGGAUCAGACACAGGUGCCAGGCCCAGACCUGAAUGGGCUGGGAGGUGUGUGUGCGCUGCCUUUGUUGUCACAGUCCUCAGGUGAAAAGGCAGCCGAAUUAGGUAGCCAGAGCCAUGAACAAGACCUCGGGAGGCUCAGUCCGUCCCUUGGAGCUUCUGCUUCUCGCAGAGAAGCAGUGGUUGGUCCUCUCCGGGAUGCCGGAGCCCACCAGGGCAGCCCAGACACCUCUGCAGACCCAGCAGGGCAGCCCAAGCACCCUCCUGACACUGCAAACCAGGCCAUGUUGGGGGAGUCCCCAGACAUGGAACUCGACUUCCUGCCAGACAGCCAAAUACAGGAUGUCCUGGAAGCCUCCAACUUUGAAGUCUCACCUGAGCAGUUGUUUCCUGCAGGGAGCAGAGUGGGCCCUUACUGGCCUGGCACCAGCCUCAGUACUGAUGGAGGUCCCCUCACCAAGGCUCAGCCAAGCAUCCAUAAGGGGAUCAAGCCCUGUGAAGCCACCAGGAUGGAAGAUGCUACAGAUACUGUGCGUGGCCUCAUUAUUGAGCUCUCUAACCUGAACCGGCUGAUCAUGAAUGCCCACCGGGACCUGGAAGCAUUCAAGCGCCUCAACUACCGGAAGGCAAAGCCUGUAGGGAAAGCCCCCAAGCUCUAUACAUCAAAGGGGCCUGGGACUCUCCCUCGAGGGGAGCAAUCCUGGAGGGAUUUGUAGAUAUUUCCAAAUGGGGAAGCUGGGGGACUGUGUAUGCGGUGCCUAUCCCUCCCAUGGAUGUGUCUAUGUUUUGUUCAAACCCUGGUCCCCAGAAGUGCCUGAUGUUCCUGCUAUAAAGCUGGCAGCGAUCCCUCUGCAGACCCAGGGAAGCUUUCCAGCCCUGAUGUUGCUCUUGGUAUUUCAUUAACUCCAAGAUGCUUCAGCAGGUCCUAGUGGGCCAGAGAAACUGCCCUUCAGCUGACCUGGAAGUCCACCUACCCAGGGAAGCCCUGGAGACUCCAUUGGAGUCAACAGUCUUCCUCUGGAGUCUGUGGGGGAGGGAACCUGCUCCUCCAGAGGCUGAGGUUGCAGUAGGAGGUGGAAGCGGGCUGGGCCCCAGGGUCAGGGCCCAGAGCCACCCAGAUACUUACCUGGGUUUGCAAAUUUUGGCUCUUUGGGUCAUGUAUAUGGCAGGUUCAGAAUUUGUUUCUUUCCUGGAGGAAA